AUGUCCUCAUCUUAUUCGCUUGAUAAGAUCAACCCAAAGUUAUUACGUCGUAUUUAUCGAGCAUGCAGAUCAUCCAAUGAUGAGCCCAACUUGGCCCUCAAUUUAGAAAUUUGCGAUUACGUCAAUGCAAAAAAGGGUUCAGCUCCUAGAGAUGCUGCCAUUGCUGUUGUUAAAUUGAUUAGUCAAAGGGAUCCACACACUUCCGAAUUGGCCUUGGCGUUAUUGGACAAUUUGGUCAAAAACUGUGGGUACCCCUUCCAUUUGCAAAUUUCGAGAAAAGAGUUUUUGAAUGAAUUGGUGAAAAGAUUUCCUGAAAGACCUACUAUGAGAUAUUCACGAGUGCAACGUUUGAUUUUGGCUCAGAUCGAGGAGUGGUACCAAACCAUUUGUCGUACUUCAAAGUAUAAGGAUGACUUUACUUAUAUUAGAGACAUGCACAGGUUGUUGUCUAACAAGGGGUAUGUUUUUCCUGAGGUCAAAGUGGAAGAUAUGGCGGUGUUAAACCCAGGAGACAACUUGAAGUCUUUGGAGGACAUUCAAAAGGAAGAGGCCGAAGUGCACUCGGCUAAAUUGCAGGAAUUGAUUAGACGAGGAAGACCACAAGACUUACAAGAGGCCAACAAGUUGAUGAAGAUUAUGGCUGGUUUCAAAGAUGACAAUGUCAAGGAGAAUAAAAAGCAAUUGAAGGAUGAUAUAGUCAGAUUAGGAAGAAAAGUUGAAAUCUUGGGUGAAAUGUUGAAUUCGAUCGAAACUUCAGGUGGUAAAAUUGGAGAUGACUCUGAUGAAGCGUUACUUGAACUAUAUAGCUCAGUGAAGAGCUCGCAGCCUAUCAUAACCAAAAUAAUAGAACAAGAAGGCGAAGAGGCUGAUGAAGGAGUCAAUAAUCUUUUGGCGUUGAAUGAUGAUGUCAACAAGGUGAUACAAAAGUACCAAUUAUUGAAGGGUGGUCAAGUAGAGGAAGCAAGGAAGCUCAACAUAUCAGGUGGAGCACGAGGUGGAGGAGCAGGAGCAGGAGCAGGAGCUGACUUGAAUUUGAUUGACUUUGACGAUGAACCGGAAGACGUUACAGCUAGCAAGGAGCAAGGGUAUAGCGACUUGUUGAGUGAUUUGUCCAACUUGACAUUUGGUGACAAUACCGCCAGCUCCUCCACUACCAACGGCAACAGGGUAAAUCCAUUAAACUUGUAUGGAGCUGGGGGGUCUAUAGCUUUGGGCGGAAACUCAACACAAUUGCACCAGCCUACACCAACGACUCAAAGUUCCUCUAAUUUUGACUUAUUAAGUGACUUAAAUUCUCCAUCACCACAAUUGCAAUCAAACACCGGAGUCAGUAAACAAGUCCAAGGGGGAUUGGACCCGUUUGGAUUUGAUUUCCCAAGUACCACUCCCUCAAACUUGCAAAAGCAAUCGGGCCAGCAAAAUUUUAUCAACACUAUUAACGUUAACCAGGCUAGUAGCUCUUCAGCCAGUCUCAAAAUCGCGGUUGGAGUGUUGCAAGCUACGUCAUCGUUGUUUAAAGGUUCAGUUUUGAUCUCAAAUGUUCAAGCUCAAGCUAUUUCACAGGUUAAAUUUAUGCUUGCAGUGCCAAAGUCUUGUAAACUUGACUUGAAACCUCAGUCAGCUGAUUCUGUUCACGGAUUCGCAAAUGAAGGUAUCACGCAAGAGUUUACAAUUGAGAAUCCUCAAGAAAAGCAAUUGAAGAUCAAAUGGAAGGUUGAAUUUAAAGUUGGAAGCGAUCUUCAGGAAGAUACUGGUGUGACAGUAUUGAAAUAG